UUAUCGAUCCCGAUGCAUCAUGCAUAACAAAUCUCAAAAACACCCAGGGACGUUUAAACUGGCUGUAAAUGAAGUGUAUCUGUUAACUUGAACUUGUUCAAAAUGGAUUCUGUAUAUUAUUCACUGGCAUAUUUUUCUUGUUUGUUUUUAGUGAGGUUAGUAGACUUUGUUGGCGCAGAUCAUGAUUGUAAUACGGAGGAGGAGAAGUAUGACAUCUACUGUCGAGAAGACAUUGAUGUAAUCAUGGGAUCUAUUGUUGGCGGUACAGUUGCCAUAUUACUGAUUGCUGCGAUCUCCACAAUUAUCUGCGUCAAGUGUUGCUGCAAAAACACAAGACAUGGCGCCAUAAUCACCCCUAGUGGUGGAAACACAAACCAAAUAACACAUACACAAUCCACCAAUCUCCAGGCUCGUGGAUUCAGCAGUACUCACACCUAUUACUCGACCCCAUCCGCCCCUCCCAUGAUUUGGUCAUUUUCCCAAAGUAACGAACCCCAAUCCACGGGAUACUCCGAACCUAGCUCCUACUCCGGAACAGGGACUCGAUUUGGAGACGUCCCUCCGCCUCCUACGUACGACGAAUCUGUGUCAAACAAUCCACUUCCGCCUAAAUAUUGACAUAAUCUCAAAACUUCAUAAUUUGGAGAUGCUUUCGACCUAUACAAGUUAAUGAAAUUUUGUUUGAAACAGCAAGAGACCUAACCCAUUUUUCCAUAACAUUCCUCGCCUGUACGCAUUGUGCAUGUGCAUAGCAGAGCAACCUAAAACAUCAUAUUUUAAGACAUACUUUAAUCCGUGUAAAUGCUUUAUAGUAAUUGUAGAACUAAGGAUGCACAUUACUCAGCAAUUGUUAAAAAACAAAAAACAAACUCAACUGCAAAACCAGGGCACGCACUUUAAAAUUUUAUCAGAAUAUAAAUUUGAAGUUGAUACUUCAAACUAACUCCUAGCAGAAAACAUAGUAGAUUUUCAUUGUAUAGUCAUCUGCCAACUGCAUGUUUUUCACUUAAAUAUUUCAUGUGCAAUUAAGUUACGUUUCAAAGGUAAUAUAUCUAUUCCAUUAUUGGAUUGUCUUCAUAUCCGUCCUUCAGCUAAGGUUAAUGCCAAACACAUCGGCAAUGUGAUCUUUACGUUUAGAAUACAUUAAAAUAUGUGGUCUUGCUGACUAAAAAUUUUACAGCUCAGGUUAAAUACCAUAAGUUAUUGUUUUCUUCUCAUAUUAUAUUAAAACAAGUAUUUUCUCUG